AUGAAGGAUGAACUCCUUGAAGCUGCCUUGAAGUCAGCUCUCACGGCCGAUAACCUUCGCAGCGCUCUGCGUGUGCCCCGGCGCCCUGGGGAUGCGGGCCGAUCCCAGAGACUCGAUGCGGCGGUUGCGCAGCUCCACGACCGCGUACGCUCCGCGUAUCGCUCUGCUUACCUCGAGCCGGAGGCCGAGUCCAAGGCUGCGAAAACGGUGGCCGUUGCGCCUGAUGCCAGCUACAGGGUGCGACUCAGCUUUGCGGAUGGGGACACACAGCAGCCGCUUCCGACAAGGACGUCCGAGAUCACGGUGGACCAGAGCCAGAAGGCUACUGCAAGUCUGACGUGCACGCAUUGCCGAAGGCCACUGAAGAUAGACAUGAUGCUUUCGGAUCCUAUGGAAAAGUCGGUGAAGUAUCUUGGCAAACCGCGGCACGCGUAUGUUGCGGUGUUGCCGGAUGGCAAGACCACAAGCUUUCUACAGGCAUGGCUGCUUGGCUUGAGUCUUGCAGCACACGGUGAUGGUCAGGGCCAAGCACGCCCAGAGCGGAUGCUCAUACACAGCCCAUCUGUUCCGCGGCCUUAUCUUCAAGUCUUGGGAAAGGUGUGGCAGCUCACAACCGAACCUCUGGGAUCGUGGCCUGCGAUUCUCAGUCAUCCCACGGUUCUGAAUCCCGGCCAGAACAGAUUAAUGCGAUUGCGGGCACUGGGCCUGAAGUUUGACAAGGUGCUGGUUAUUGCCCUCGGGAUAGUCGCCACUGAUGUCUUGGAUGACGUCUUUGAAGCAAGCUGCCCGGCUUUUGUAGCGGAGAAAACCCAUGCUGGUCCUCAACAAGCAGGCUUGCCUCUAAUGCUGCUCCCCUGCAGCCACCAGGCCAUGCGAAGAGUUGCUUCGGACACAGGGCAAAGAUCCCAGAGCGUCGCUUUUCCUCCCCGAUGUGUGGCUGGCCAGGGGCCAGUAGAAGGAGAUGAGGUGUUAGGCUACUUGAAGAGCUUCUAUCGCACCUUUUCCCAGGGUGACAUGCAGGAGCUGCCUUCAGAAUUGUGCCUGAGAAUGAAGUUCUACGGCGUGAAGGUGUGGAGACAUGUAGAACAGCUUCUUCGAGAUGGAGCUUCAACCUCAGCAAGCUCAGAUACUGAAGACCUGGAGGGGCUGCUCCAACUUCUGCGUGGGAACUCAGGACACAACCUUUCCCAGACUUUGACUUCUGUUGAUAAUCAACGUUGCGGUCGCUGCAAGGCCUUCGACUCCAGGGGCACCUUGGAUCCCCUUGACGGCCUGUGGCGUUGCCGGUUUUGCUGGGAGCACAUGCUUCUGGAUUCAGCUUUGAAAGACCCCAGCUGCAUACCCAUGCCCUUCCAUGAGAUUGAGACCUUGCAGAAGGAUCUCGGGGAUUGCUUCGUGCCCGGUGAGAGGCAGCGGUGGCGAUGGAAAGAGUGGGAGAGAGAUAGAACCUGGGUGGAGUUUCGGCCGAAAGGUGUUUUAUGGCACAGCCGCAAUCGAGUUGGGGCUUGGGAGAUGUGGACGGACCGGGGGGGCAAACAGCAGCUGUCCAUGCACUUCGUUGACUUUGACGAGGAUGGCCACCGUAGGCCCGAGACGCGACAUUUGCUGGAAUUCCACAAUACUGGCUGGGCGCGCUUUGAGGAGUAUAAGCGCGAGCACUUCCAGCCCCUGGGUUUUGUUUCAGAAGGCCGCAACUACCGAGACCAGAAGCUAGUACUGCAUCCGCCCGGGUGCUUCCAGCCCCCGCGCAGACCGCCAGCUGAUGAACAGCUGGCGGCGAACUCGGCAAAAGGGGUGCGGCCGAUGAAUGGCACCAGGGACUUGGUCAAGGAGCCGAAGCAAGCUGCAGAUCAAAAUGGAACUGCCGUGAAUGAAUCCCCUGUUGGGCAGGAGAAUGGCGUGCAUCGCCAGGUCAGAAAGACUGACCCCCGAGAUUCGGUUCCGGCUGAUGUUGCUUCUGCGGAGUCGGAGGCACAGCCUGUGACCACCGCGCGGGGAAAGCUCGCAUACCUGUUCGGCCAGUCAUAG